GAUUCCCAUUUCCGCGAACGAGAGCUAAAAGCGCUGCCUUCGGACUUAUUUUCCGGCGUUCCGUCCCUCGGUUGAGAGAGAGAGAGAGUGAGAGAGAGGGGCGAAGAAGGGGUGAAAGAUGGGAGUCUUGCCGGUGGUGAACACAUACCCGCUGUCGAGCUAUACGUUCGGGACGAAGGAGCCGAAGAUGGAGAAGGACACCUCCGUCGCCGAUCGCCUCGCCCGUAUGAAAGUCAAUUACAUGAAAGAAGGUAUGCGUACAAGUGUGGAAGCAAUUUUGCUGGUACAGGAGCACAAUCAUCCUCAUAUAUUGUUACUGCAAAUUGGAAAUACAUUUUGUAAACUCCCUGGUGGACGCCUGAAGCCUGGAGAGAAUGAAAUUGAGGGCUUGAAGCGAAAGCUGUCUAGUAAGCUUGCUGCUAACUCAGCAUCCCAUCAGCCAAAUUGGCAGGUUGGAGAGUGCGUUGCUGUCUGGUGGAGGCCGAACUUUGAAACAGUAAUGUACCCAUACUGUCCUCCCCACAUCACCAAGCCAAAGGAGUGUAAGAAGCUCUUCCUUGUUCACUUGUCUGAAAGGGAAUAUUUUGCUGUACCCAAAAACUUGAAAUUGCUUGCUGUUCCAUUGUUUGAGCUCUAUGACAAUGUUCAGAGAUAUGGGCCUGUUAUUUCCACAAUUCCACAACAAUUGUCUAGGUUCCAGUUCAACAUGGUUAAUGCAUGAAACUGGGGAGGGUAAAGAGGAAAUUUUGCAAGGUUAUUUGACAAAGAUAUCGAAGUUUGACUGUCAAGAUGAUGCAAAUAUCGGAGCUUCUCAAAUAAAUAUAGUGUUUGGUUAGUAUUGCAUCUUACUUGUAUGCACGUAUAAUUGCAGAUUGAUUUUUAGUUGGUUCACAACUCUUGUUUAUCCUCCACGUUCCAUGUGUUGGAAGGUUGGAUUAUUUAGCAAACAAAGAUCACAUUAUGAAUGCCUAAGAAGGCCUGUAUUUGUGAUGGUGUUUAUAGGAAUCAUUAAGUGCAAAUCACUGAUCGCCUUAUGAUCAGUUCACUUAUC